GUCAACUCGCCCGCACAGGAUCCAGGAAAGAAGCUAGCAGUUGCGAUUAGGCCAUUCAUCUGUUCUGAAGCCAUAUACUCCGUUCAGCCUUGACGUGAGCACACGGAUAUAUCGGCCUCGACAACUUUCUGGAACGUGCGAUCUGAACGGAACAACGACAACAGGUGGACACUUCAAAAGAUCCCUCGAAUCUCUUCAUCUACGCCGCAGCGAUUUCUUACGGAAACCUGCGUAGACCAAGACAACAAGUCAACCUACCUCGACACUAAGAGCCAUAACCAUGCAGUACUACGACAACGCCCUCGAACACCUCUCAACUAUCGACCUCGAGUCGUUUCGGUCGAUCCUCCCUGAGACUAUUCAUCCCUUCGUCUUGCUCUCUUAUCCUAUCCGGUCGGAACGGGAGGUAGGCCGGAACUCAUCCGCCAGUUCGCGGUAUUUGCAGCAGGAUGCAGAUGCGGGUCGGCACGGGUCAGGAUCAGGGUCGGGGUCGGGAGUGAGAGACGGGGAAUCACAACGGGUGUUUGUCGAUGGACAUGGAAAUGGAUAUGGGGUCGGCCCCUCUUCCGCGACGGCGGGGUCCUACCGAUCAGCUGCGACGGAUAGCAGCUCUAGCUCGGACUGUCAGCCUCGCCCACCUUACACCUCUUACUAUAACGCCCCGUCUUCCUCAUCAACAUCAAUACCAGCAUCUUCUUACAACCACAAACUCCCGCUCUGCGAACCCCUGACAAUCCCCCACCCUUCGACCCACCCUUACAACCUCUUUUACGACAAAGGUCCGAACGACGCCCUCUUCGUCAUCUUCUGGGCCGUAACGUUCACGAUCCUGAGAGAAGCAUUGAUGCGAUGGGCAUACAGGCCCUUUGCACGGUGGUACCUCUGUCGGCUGGAUAUCAAGGAGAGGGAGAGAAAUCGGAGUUUGAGGAUGCAGGAACGGAAGCAGCUGCAGGCUGGGUCUGAGAAGGUCGAGAUUGGGGUGAUGGAGAGGACGGAGGAGAGAUUGUCGAAAAAGGAGCAAAAGUUGAGGGAUCGGGUGAUCGUGAGGUUCGCCGAGCAGGCUUGGACGUGCACGUAUGCGACAGUGUUCUGGUGUCUGGGAUUCUACAUCCUCCAUCUCGUACCGAUCAACCCUUUCUCGUCGCGAUACCUCUGGCACAAUUACCCGCACACUCCCUUGAGCCCGUUGACCAAGUUCUACUACCUCGUCCAACUCGGAUUCUGGUUCCACCAGCUCUUCAUCUUCAACCUCGAGGCCAGGAGAAAGGAUUACUACCAGAUGUUGGCUCAUCAUUUCGUCACCAUCGCUUUGGUCAUGGGGAGCUAUUGGGCGAAUUACACGAGGGUCGGGACGGUCAUUUUAGUGUUGAUGGACUUUUGUGAUAUCUGGUUGCCGUUGGCCAAGCUAUUCCGGUAUCUCCGUCUUCCCACCUUGACAGAUCUGACAUUCGUCGUCUUCCUCAUCUCCUGGCUUAUCACCCGCCAAAUCGGUUUCUCCCUCGUCACCCUCUCCUGCAUCUUCCGGGCCCGUCACAUUCUGCCUUGGGGUUGGCAUCCGGAAAAGGGCCAAUAUGCCAACGCUUGGGUGAUCAACGGAUUCCCGGCGCUGUUGAUCGUGCUCUUGAUCAUGAACUGUAUUUGGUUCUGGAUGGCUUGUAAUGUCGCUUGGAGGGUCGUUAUGGGUCUCGGCGCUGAGGACACCAGGAGCGAUGGGGAAGACGACAUUCCCGAGAGCGACGCCGACACAAGAGACGGUGUGACGGGCGAUCUCGUCUCUUCCAAGGGCAAAGACGAAGUCCACCCGGAGCGCGCGCUCAAGCAAGCGGCCGCAACGGCGGCCGAGAAGGAAAAGGUCGCUGCGAUCGAGCUGGACGAGAAGGCAAAAAGGCAGGUAAAGGCGAACCCGAACGUGAAUGGACAUGGGCAUACGAACGGACAUGGACGCGGGAACGUCAACGGACUGCGGGUCAAGGGUGACGAGUAGGUUGAGGUCAUUAUUUUAGGUUUAUUGUCAUAGCUUCCGGUCUGUUGGCGUGUAUGCAUUAUAGAUAUACAGUGGGUUCCGUGUUUUUCGCGUUGGAGGAUAAGCUUGUUGAGGAGAGACAAUGGUAUACAUAUUGUCAUCA